UCCUGUCGUGACACCUUGAUCACGAUUUGUAUGACUGUGGCCACUGCAUCAGCAAUAAAGCUCACCCAAUGCUUCCCGUGCCUCUGGACAGGUCCAUGCCCCCAAAGCCCAAACUGAGGCGCAGGGGGUGUCUGGGAAUGGACUCAGCAAUCUCAGCCAGGGGCAACUCUUCCCCCUCCCACACCCAUAGCGCUCCCUGAACUGGGCACCUUGGGACCACCUGGACAACCCAGCCUGGGUGUCUCUAGUCACCCACCCAGAACCCCUGCAAAUGGGGCACCCAGGACUCCCCGAAUGGGACAGCCACACCCCCGAAAAUGAGGCACCCUGCUGCUACUGGACACAGACAACCAGGCACCCAGAGCGAUGCAGACUCCCCAAAACUCUGGAGUCAUGAAGAAUUGGACACCCCAGCACCACCUCAUAAUCAUCUAAAACCCAUUGAGUGCACCCAGAACUGGGAAUCCUGGGGCUGCCCCAGGGUCACCCCGAACUCCAAGGUAAUCCGGAGCUGGGUGCCUCAGGGUCACCCUAAAACUCCGGGGUGACCUCAAAACUGAGCGCCCCAAACCCCCGGGGUCACCCAGAACUGCUCUUCCCCCUGACACCACGGGGCCAGGGCCGUUUUGGGGAUGCAGCAGCACACGGGCCUCCCCUGGGAGGCUCCCCCUGUUCCGGGACACCCACGUGCGUGGCUGAGAGGCGGCCCCCGGUACAGGUGAAACGCCGUUUUGGGGAGCAUUUCUGCAGCCGCGCAGAGCCGUGGCCCCAGCGGGAGGAGCAGUAUCCGCACCACGGCGUUCUCAUGCCGCUUGCCCCCGCACUCCUGCCCCUUGGGGCGGUCCCUGCUAAUGCGGGCACCGCGGGGCCAUUGGGACAUCCCACACCGAGCAUCCGGCCGGCCCCGCGGUGAGAGCACUAGGGGCAUCGCCCGAACACCGACGGUGUCACCUAGACCCACGGGGGGCCGGGGCGGGCCGGGGCAGUGCAGCUCCCGACGGGGAGGAAGCGGGGCCGCAGGGGGCGCCGUUAACGAACCGGAGACGCUGCUGUGCGCGGCGGGGCCGGCAGGGGGCGCCGUUAACAAACCGGAGGCGCUGCUGUGCGCGGCGGGGCCGGCAGGGGGCGCCGUUAACGCACCGGGGCCGCCGUUAACGAACCGGGGGCGGAGCGGCGCGCGCCGGGGCCGGCAGGGGGCACGGUGCAGCCCCGGCCCCGGCCGGUCCGUCCCGGAUCCGGCAGCGGCAGCGCCCGACGGGGGCUGUUGGGGGUGUCCGGCUCCGCUGCCUCCGCUCGGUACCGGGGAAGCGGCGCAGAGCACACGGCUUCGGCGAUGGACGGCGGGGCGGCGGCAUGAGGCGGCGGAGGCGGCGGGGAGCAUGGCGGCGGCGGGCGGCGGCGGGGCGCGGCGGGGGCUGCUGAAGCGGAAACCGAACUUCACGCUGCAGGAGCUGGAGGUGCUGAUGAGCGAAGUGCUCCGGUACGAGCCGCUGCUGUUCGGCGCCGCCGCCGGUACCGUGAACGCGUACGAGAAGCAGAAGAUCUGGUGGCGGAUCACGCACAAGGUGAACGCCGCCGGCCGCCACCAGCGCGACAUCGGCGAGGUGAAGAACCGCUGGCGGGGGCUACGCCGCCGCGCCGGGGACAAGAUCAGCCGGCACCGGCUGGAGCGGCAGGGCCCGGCCGGCAGGGCCGCCGCCAGGAACGGGAACACCGGGAAUAACGGGAGCAACGGGAACGGCGCGGCCGAGCCCGGCCCGGGGCCCGCCCCCGCCCCCGUCUGGGGUCCUCGCGGCGCCGCCGGAACCGAGCCUCCGAUGCGCAGCGCCGAGGGCUCGGCACAGCACGGUGAAUGUGUCAAGGAGGAGCCAGUGAAGGAGGAGCCUGUGGAGGUGAAGACUGAGCCCUUCCACGGCCCUGCUGCCGACGGCGUUCCCGGCCGCGGCUCAGACUGUCGGCUGCCCCGCACCGGCAUCUGCCCGCCCGACGAGCUGGGCGAGGGCUGGAGCCGGAGCCCCCCGCGCUCCGCACCCUCCGAACUCUCGCUCGGCGACCUACGCGGGCAGCAGGAGCCGCUGGGCUCCGACUUCCCGAGUCUGCUAUUGGAGCAGGAGGCCGAGCAGCUCUGCGGCGCGGGAGAGGCGGGGCCCCCCGGGGCGGCGGGGCUGGACGGGACCCCCGAGUGCCCCCAGCUCAGCCUCGUGCAGUCCCAUGAGCGGCUGGUGCAGGAGAUGCGGGCGUUCCGCCGGGAAUACGCCGAGAGCCGUCGGGAGACCACGGCGGUGCUGCGCGGCAUCGCCCAGGCGCUGGGCGUGCUCAGUCGCAGCCUGGCCGAAAUCCGUGACCUCUACCUCCGGGAGCGGGGGGUCCCCAAAUCCUGAGCCUCCCACGCAGCUGGCUGUGUACACACACCCCUACCCCUCCCCCCAGAACCAACGUCGCUGCUUUUAUUAUUUUUUUUUAUUAUUUCUUUUCCUGUCCAUCCCACUUCAAUAAAACUCGGAGCUGCACCCCCACGGCUCCCCCCA